GAUUCUUAUAAAAGGGCAUAGAAGAGACAAGCUCAGUUUUCUCCAAAGGAGAAGGACCGCACUUAGAGGGAGCUGUAUUUUGGUGACCUCUGAAAUUCAGUACUGCAGUGAAUGAGCUCCUGACCUUGAGGAGUACUUAACAGAAUUAUUUCUAGAAGAAUCAUUGUGGGAACCAUUAAAAGAAUCCAGCAAAACAUGAAUUCUGGAAUCUUGCAAGCCUUCCAGAGGGAACUCACCUGCCCCAUCUGCAUGAACUACUUCAUAGACCCGGUCACCAUAGACUGUGGGCACAGCUUUUGCAGGCCCUGUUUCUACCUCAACUGGCAAGACUUCCCAAUUCUUGCUCAGUGCUUUGAAUGCAUAAAGACAACACAGCACAGAAACCUCAAAACUAACAUUCGUUUGAAGAAGAUGGCUUCGCUUGCCAGAAAAGCCAGUCUCUGGCUGUUCCUGAGCUCUGAGGAGCAAAUGUGUGGCACUCACAGGGAGACAAAGAAGAUGUUCUGUGACGUGGACAAGAGCCUGCUCUGUUUGCUGUGCUCCGGCUCUCAGGAGCACCAGGAUCACAGACACUGUCCCAUUGAGUGGGCUGCUGAGGAACACCGGGAGAACCUUUUAAAGAAAAUGCAGUCUUUAUGGGAAAAAGCUUGUGAAAAUCACAGAAAUCUGAACAUGGAAACCACCAGAACCAGAUACUGGAAGGAUUAUGUGAAUGUAAGGCUAGAAGCAAUUAGAGCUGAGUAUCAGAAGAUGCCUACAUUUCACCAUGAAGAAGAAAAGCAUAAUUUGGAGAUGCUGAAAAAGAAGGGGAAAGAUAUUUUUCAUCAACUUCAUUUAAGUAAAGCCAAAAUGGCUCAUAGGAGGGAGAUUUUAAGAGGAAUGUAUGAGGAGCUGAAGAAAAUGUGCCAUAAACCAGAUGUGGAACUACUUCAGGGUUUUGGAGACAUAUUACACAGGAGUGAGUCUGUGCUGCUGCACAUGCCCCAGCCUCUGAAUCUAGAGCUCAGUGCAGGGCCCAUCACUGGACUAAGGGACAGGCUCAACCAGUUCCGAGUGGAUAUUAUUCUGCAUCAUGAUGAAGCCAACAGUCAUAUCUUUCAAUAUGGAGAUUUGAGAACCAUUUGUAUUGGAUGUGACCAUCAAAAUGCGCCCCAUACCACUGCAACACCUACAAGUUUUCUUGCAUGGGGUGCUCAGACUUUCACCUCUGGCAAAUACUACUGGGAGGUCUAUGUGGGAGACUCUUGGAAUUGGGCUUUUGGUGUCUGUAAUAAGUAUUGGAAAGAGAAUAAUCAGAAUGACAAUAUAUAUGGAGAGGAGGGACUCUUUAGUCUUGCAUGUGUUAAGAAUGACAUUCAGUUCAGUCUCUUUACCACCUCCCCACUUGCACUGCAAUAUGUCCCAAGACCUACCAGUCACGUAGGAUUAUUCCUGGAUUGUGAAGCUGGAACUGUGAGCUUUGUUGAUGUUAAUCAAAGCUCCCUUAUAUACACCAUCCCUAAUUGCUCCUUCUCACCUCCUCUCAGGCCUAUCUUUUGCUGUAUUCACCUCUGACCAGUGACAAAUCAGAAAUGUGUUCAUUUGCUGUGGGAACCGCUCUAUCCCAGGAAGCCCUCUUCAUUGUGCCUUAUCAAACAGGACAAAUAGGUUCUGUUUUAUGUCUUCAAUUACCUUCUAAUGUUAUUAAAACUCAUUUAUUGUGUUACUAUUAAAUAUGGUAAAAACACUAAAA